AUGCGACUCCCGAAGAGCGACUUACGUGACGCCUGCUACGCGUGGUUCCUCGACCACCUUGACCUUCUUGACGGCUCUCCAGUAGACAAGGCGCAAGCCAAUGAGUUCGGGACACGUUCAGUCGAAGAAGCCACUCGCAAGGCGUGGAUCAAGGCGGGCGGAUCGCCCGACGAUGACUUCAAGACCAUCAGAGCCAAGAUCAAGGCCCUGCCGUGCCAUGUUCAGGAGUGCCACGACUUCUACGCGCUCGUCGCUCACGGGGUGCACCCCCGGCCGGAGUUCUCAUCAUGGCUCGUAUUCGGGUUUGUCGCGGGUAUGGACCGGGAGGACGAGUACUGGAUCGGCCGGUGGUACGCCAGGCUCGUCAACCGCUGCACAUUUGACGCAUUCGCCGCCGCGUACCAGACGUCCUCCCUAAUCAAGCUGGGCGAGGAGCACGAAGUGAACCUGCCUUGCCCGCUUUCCAGCUCCGCGAAGUCCUUCUUCCGCGAUGUCAUGACCGCUUCCCCGCGCGAGUUCAAGACUGUCUGGUACCUCAAGCAGUACAUCGACCAACUUCGGGUCGUGGAUCCCUCCGAACCUCCGGUACUCGCGAACCGGGGCGCCCGCGCAGACUACGGGUUCGCGAACUGCAGGGACGCCUUGGAGCAGAAGCUGCUGGACGAGUUGUACACGAAGUACUUUGCGUACCCGGACGCGAACCCGCUGGAUCUCCACAAUGCGUGCGCUGCAGGUGCGCUGGCGGAGUACGUGGGUGGCUUGGCGAAACUCAAGCCGAAGACAAAGACGUACAAGCGCCUGCUGAGGAACGGCCAUUCAGCACCGUUGGCUGGGGAGUUAGAAGGUAAAUGA